AUGAAGUGGAAUGUCUGGACUGUCGGAUCAAACAGGCAUUCAAGUUCCUGGGCAAUACUACAGGUUAUUGAAGUUGUUCCCCAGGCACAUCCCACGCGCGGGCCGCCCGGAUAUAUAAUACUCCAGAUUCCGUCUGAAUUUAGCCGCGCGCCUAGAUCUCUUAUCAACGACGGUGAUGUUCUGCACCUAAUAGGGACUACGUUAUACAGCUGCUGA